GGGUCUCGUCUUGUGCGGCCUCGGAGAUCAGCAGCCCGCUUUUCCCCCAAGACCCAGCUUCGGCUUGCCAGCAGCCAGUAGGCAGUUGAUGGGAUUUUUUCCCAGCUUUCUUGUCCUGCUUUUGACCAAUGUCAUGACCUCUCCUCUCCCGCGUCCUAGUCUGCCUAUCGAGGCUAUCAUUGCAUCUGGUAUUCUGGUAAAUCUGGUCGAUGGCGGAGUGGGUCAUCCUAGCAAGAUCUCAUUUCCGUACACCGCACCGAAUGUCGCGGCCGCAGUGCACUAUGCCAGAAACACAGUUCAUGACGCUGACUUUACAUCCGAUGUGACCACAUCCACCCUAGAAGUCCCAUUUCGACACCUCAGACUUUGUAUCGGCGCAUCAUCCGACCCUUUUGUCCAUCUCAGAUCUCAGGGCCCCCGGAUUUGGCCUGAGAUGAUAGACAGCCCAACUGCGUUGAGGACAAGGCCAGCACCCAAGAUGAGAAUUGGAUUACCAUGUUCCUUUUCGGUUUUUUUUUUUUUCCUUUUUCGGUUUAUCCGCACCUUAACACGCUUAGCUAAGCCAGCCAAGGGUUCGGCCGAACCCCCGGAUUCAACGCGUGCUUUCAAUGGGCCCGCGUGGCCGUUGUCUCCAGUGUUCCGACCCUCUCUAUAAGCGCUCUCCGGCGAGUGGCUAAGGAAAAGGGUGACCUCAACACGAGACCUUGAAGCUGCCUUAGCUACCUGAGAGAUAUGUGGCAGGAUGGCAGGGUCCCUAAGCAGGGUCUCAAAAGACGUGAGCACCACUGCAAAAGC